GGAUUGCCCCUUUAACAAUAGUUGGCGUAGCCCUUUAAAAGAGCGGACAGAUUGCACCAGGUGCGUGGUUGCGUACGUCAGGCAAUCACGUAGCUAUAUAGGCACAGGUGAUUUCGCUUUCUUCGUGCCAUUGUACUGAUGUGACCUGUGGCUGUAUAUCGGCAUAGGUGAUUUCGCUUUCUUCGUGCCAAUUGUACUGAUGUGACCUGUUGCUGUAGGUCUUGUAUCUCCUUCACUCCUCGGUAAAGAUAAGUCGGGUAUAUCCAGGCAUCCGUUGUGAGUAUGUGAGUGUUAUACACGCAAAAGGUAAUUUUAUUUUUCCCUACCCUUCUGGUGUGAUUAUAAAUGGGAGAGGAGUGGGGAGGAAGAAGAAAAGCAAACGAAUGUAUGUCUAAUGUUUUUCAGAGUGCCAGUUGCUGCUUUGCUGCGGUUAAAUCGGCGUUCCCGUCUGAGAAGCGGGUUUGCAGUGCACGCUCGUGGUUGUAUCGAGCGCUCGCAAGUUUAUUGAACAUUCUUAAUGCCUGUACGAGGCUCAUUGGAGCCGCUCUAAACCCGUAACUUGAUUUUGGGAUUUCAUGGGGUUCGCCACCUCGCUGGCGCAAUUUUAUGUAUGGUUUAUUAACUUAGUUAUUUAGAAAUCUGGGGUAUUGUAUUUGGGUUGCUUCCUGCAUAUUGACACCGCUCAUUUACGGAGCGGAUUAAUAGUGACGCAAUUCUUUUGAUUUUCAUUUAUUGCCGAUUGUAUUUUGUUGGGUAUGUGUGUUUAACUGAAAUUGUGUGGUUGUUUGGUUGUUUCUUUAUUUUAUUUUCGGUUGUUGAAAUUAUCAGCUAUUAUUAUUUAGAUUUGUUUAUUAAUUGAUUUAGUCAUUUCAGUUAUUUUGGGGUUUGUUAUUUCUUUUUGUCUUCUGUAUGGAUACCGCUAACGGAGCAGAUCAAGUGUAGUCUUUUGACCUGUGUUUAUUUGCUCAUUGUAUUUGUUCUGUGUGUACAAUGAAGUUAACGUAAGAUUGUGUUUUUCUUUUACUGACAUUAUCUGGUAUUAUUAUUUAGGCCUGUCUAUUUAUUGAUUUAUUUUGGUUAUUUUGGAUUUUGGGGUUUGUGAUAUUUCUUGUUUUUUGUAUUAAUGCUGCUCAUUUACGGAGCAGAUUGAUUGUGUUAUAAUCUUUUGGUUUGUGUGUAUUUGUUGGUUGUAUGUGUGUGGUGUGUGUGAGUUGUAUUGAAAUUUUGUCUUUGGUUGCUUUAUUUUUCUUCAUUAUUAGUAUAAGUAUAAUAGUUUUAUUAGGCCUCGUUUUUUUGAAUUGAUUUAGUAUUUUGGUUUUGCUAUUCGAGUGGUAUUAUUUCUUUGAUCUGCUUUACAUUAAAACUGCUCAAGAAUGUAGUGUAGUUAUUGUGGGGAUUGUGUUUUCUUAUUUAAUUUGUCUUAUUUUGAUUUAUUUGGUUUGUGUUUGGUGGAUUUACAUAAUUUUGUUCUUUAUUUGGUUUGAAGUGUGUGUUUAUUAUUUGAGCAGUAAAUUGUUUAUUGCAAUCAGAGAAAAUAAACUAACUUGAUUAGUUUAUUCCUUUUUUCUUUUCCUCUUCCUGUAAUUUUUGAAUAUGUUUGUGUUGGUCAGUGUAUGGUGGACGGCCCAUGUAAGCCAACCACAACAAAGCCUAUUUUGUUGACCUGUUUCCAUUGGUCAAAAGGGUCUUUUAAAUUUUACUGUCUCGCUCCAUGUGGUUUUAGUAAUUUAAUUGAUUAAUAAAUUUGUUAUCUGUGACUUUGUCUCUGCUUGUCCUUUUCAUUUGGUUGAAAGCCUGAAGUGCGGGCCUUAUUAGUAUGAUUUGACUGUAAUCCAGUCACAAGUGGCGUAGUCGGCAGGGCCGAAGUGACAAGCAGAGACAGUCACAGAGAAGAAUUGUAUGGUUGUGUGUUGUUGUGUUUUUGGUGUUUUUUUAGCAAAGCAGCAGCUGGUACGAAGCAGCCAGGAUUGUGAUAGUGGAAGAGAUUUGGGUUAAGUGGUAAGGUUUUCCUUUUUUUCUUUCUCUCUCUCUCUUUUUUUUUGGGGGGGGGAAGCUUGUAGAUAUGGAGGCUGAAUUGGAGGAGUUGAGAAGGCAAGUGCAGUCAUUGAGGGGAGAAAAUGAGCCGUUGCACCAACAGCAAGCAGGCCAGGCUACUGGAGCGGCGGGCCCCUCAACUGUGAAUGUCCUACCUGCCCCUAGCCCCGUAGUUGAACGAGUCGUUUACGUCCCUAGGGAACGGAGGGGUCGUAUGUUUAGUGGUAGAGGGGAAGACAAUGUGUUUGAAUGGGUGGAGGAGAUACAAGCCUGCUUGCGGGUUCGACAUCUGCCUUCAGCUGAGGAGACAUUAUUUGUUAUAGAUCACUUAGAGGGUCCUGCCAAGAAUGAGAUUAAGUAUAGGGCAAGAGGAGAUAGGGAAACACCAGAACAGGUGUUCUCUAUCUUGAAGGAACUUUAUGGGUGCUCACAGUCCUAUAUUGCCCUGCAGCAAAACUUUUUUUCUCGUAAACAGCUUGAGGGCGAGUCCUUGCAGGAGUAUUCCCAUGCUCUUUUUGCAUUAAUGGAUAAGGUGGUACAACAUACCCCUGGAGGUAUGACUAAUUCAGUGGUUUUACUUCGAGACCAGUUUGUAGAGCAUGUGCUGGAUAGUGGUUUGCGGCGGGAGCUCAAACGUUUUGUUCGAUUGGACCCUGAUUCCACCCUUCUGGAUGUUCGUAAAGAGGCAAUUAGAUGGGUGGAUGAGGGAUUUCAUUCGGAGAGGAGAGAGAGGAGUCAUUCGCUCCCAGCUUCCUCUGUUCUUCAGUAUAGAGUACAGGGACAGAUAGAUUCCUCUAGUCCAUCAGAGGUAAAUGUUUCAGAGCUCACAGAACUGAAGAGAAUGAUGAGGGCCCAGCAAGAACAACUUAAUGAACUGACUCAAAGUUUACGGCAACUGCAAUCCCAGAGUGUAGGUAACCGUCCCAGGCAGCCUGGCCCUAUCAUUUGUAGGCGAUGCAAUCAGCCUGGGCAUAUUGCUCGUAAUUGUACACUAGGACAGAUUCAGUUUAGAGAUCAACGGGCUCGUUUGUCACAUGGGAAUGUAGUGCCUCCUAAUGGGCAGGCGGAAAACUGCAACCCUCUGAACUGAUGAGCCACAGUUCGGAAGGGAUAGGGCCUGGCUCAGGGGCCCCUGCCCCCACUGGUAGUGGACCCUCUACUUUGUUGGGUAAAUGCCCCUCAGUUGUAGUUAAUAUGGGUGGGGUUAAUGUUCCAUGCUUAUUGGAUACAGGUUCCAUGGUAACCACUGUCACAGAGAGCUUCUUCUUGGCUCAUUUUGAGCCCUGGGGUAAGAAAAGGUUGAAUGAAUGUGGAUGGUUGCAGCUUCGGGCCGCUAAUGGUCUCUCUAUUCCUUUUGUAGGAUACCUGGAGUUGGAUUUUGUUGUAUUGGGUAGACGUAUUCACAAUAAGGGUGUCCUUGUUGUAAAGGAUCCUCCUCAGGUUCUUUCUACAUCAGGGUUGCCAGGUCUAUUGGGGAUGAAUGUUAUAGGUGAGUGCUUUCAGGAGCUGUUUAAUCAACAUGGCCCAGAGUUGUUUAAUCUCCCUAUAGUUAAAGAAGUUCCAGCGUGGACAUCGGCACUUCAAUGUUGCCAGACUGGUUGCUUUCAGGGGUCAGAAUUUAGUGGGGGGCCUGUACGUGUCCGGGGUAAACAUGUGGUCCGCAUUCCAGCAAACUCCUUGCAGUUUGUCCCAGUUACUUGUGCUGUACAGUGUGGGUUACUUUCUAUGGCCCUUUACGAGCCUUUAGACAAUGGGAAUCCACUUCCAUCUGGCUUGUUGGCAUCUGUAUCCCUGGUUCCGGUGAGAGGUGGUAUUACUAAAGUCCCUAUGGUUAACAUAGGUGAACUUGAUGUCUUCCUGCAACCACGACAAGUGGUGGGGACAUUGUGUCAGGUCCAGCCAAUGAGCUGGCCA